UGCUGGUUUGAUAUCGACAUCGGGGACUGGCUUCUUCGAAUUAUUUCUUCAUACAGUAAAGCCAACUAAAACGUAUACACAUCUACAUCGUCGACAUGGCCUUCAACGACGAGAAGAAGCGGCCAGCCGCUCUCAACCUGACGCCCCAACGAACAAUGUCGGCCGGCUCAGUCUCUUCUAACAACUCAUCAUCCACAUCCUCAUCACUGGCCAAGCCUCCAAGGACACCACGAUUUGCCGAAGCCACCUCAGUACACUCGCCUGUCGAUGGACGAACACUACCCUUUUCUGAGCAGUCGGAGGUUGCGACUGCUCAGCCUGGAGAUGUGGGUUUUGGUUAUAUCGGGAAUGGAGGAAACAGGGAAUCAGUCGCCAUGCCAAUGACACCAAGGUCGCCCCUCAAGAGUGCGAUGAAGGUUCCGGGAACACCAGGUCGGGCUCUCGCCAAUCCUCUCAGCCCAACAUUCAGGGAAGAGGAGGAGCUGGAGGUGAAGGAAAAGUUGACGGAGAAGGAGCAGGCCAGGGAUUUGAAAAUUAAAACCCGGGUACGCAUGGCCAAGUUCGCUCUCCGCGGUGUCAACUUCAGCUGCAGUCUCAUCAUUCUCUCCAUGCUUUCGGCCUCGUUCUCCAUCUUCAACGCUACCCGACAUCUUCCGGCCAUGAACGGCCUUCCCGCUUGGGCCGCUGGCACUAACCCUUGGCCUCAAUACGUCGUUCUCGCCUGCUCCUGCGUCUCGCUCCUCAUCUGCAUCGGUGUCUUCAUUGGUUACUGCCGUGGGGGUCAUCAAAGGGCGGAGAAGGUUGGCGUGUACUACACGCUCUUUGCUGUGGGCUGGUUCAUCUUCAGCAUGAUCAUGUGGGCGGUGGCUGCCGGUAUCUUCCAAUUCACCAAGAACAACAGCAAGAACCAAGACAUGUGGGGUUGGUCCUGCGUUGAGAACCACCGCGCGGAGCUCUUCAAGGACAAGGUCGACUACGCGCUUGUGUGCCGUCUUCAGAACUGGGGUCUUAUCUGCAUGAUUAUCGAAAUCAUUAUCGAGAUCAUCAGUAUCACGCUCUACAGCAUCGUCUUCUACCGCUACUGGUCCAAGCGCAAGCUGCUCAAGACCAUGAACAUGCGCGACAAGGCCCGGUCCGACCUCUACCUCGCCCAGCUGCGCGUGCAAUCGGCGCCCAACACGCCCGGCUUCGGCCCCAAGUCGCCCACCUUUUCGCAAUACGCCCUUUCCCCCCGCUUCCCGCCCUCGCAGUACCAAUCCUUUGACGACGUCGAGAAGGGCUACGGUGCCGGUCCUACCCAACAGCAGCAGCAGCAGCCAUUCACCCCCGGCGGCGGCGGCGGCCAGCGUCUCAUCAUCCCUCAGUCGUCCUCCUUCAGCUCGCCCAAGAUCGACACGGGUUUCAAGCUGCAGGCUCCUCCCUCAAAGGCUAACCCUGCCACGCCCGUCACGCCCAAGGGCGGGUUCAUGACGCCCUCGUCUUCCAACGCGGUCUCGCCCGUGGAUCCCAUGCCUCAAAUCAACCUGCCCCAGCCUCCCCCGCCGGCGGUGGUGCAGAUUGCGCACGCGCCGAUGGCGGAUGGCGAGCAGCAGUAUGAGGCGGUACCGAUCCCCGGGGCUUAUGCCGGUCAGGCGAUCAAGAACCCCCCGCCGCCGCCUAUGCAGACGAGGUUUGCUUAGGUGGUCACCGGGUUCGGAUGAUGGCAGUGGCAGUGGCAGUGGGUGUCAAUAAGCAAGGCGAU